AUGCUUCCGGCUUCAGGCGAAAUUAAUGGUAUUUAUGAACCGGAAAUUGUUAGAGGAUGUCGCCUCAUAAUGGUGGAUUUCGGAAACGUGACUCUUCAAUCCAUUCGUGCUCAGCUGGAUCUGCCUCGUACUGACGAAGCACCUACUACUGAACAGGCAUCACACGCCGGCUCCACAGACGUUCACUCUUCCAAAGCGUCCACGCUGGCUGCUACUGGUCGAGCGCAGUCCGAUGAGCGCUAUAAACAACUCAUGCAUGCGAGUCACGAGGAGCUCCUCUCGGAA